AUGUGCUCACGAGACCAAGAGGGUGCGUGGGGAAAUUAGUAGAGAAAAGCGGUAGUUGGGCUUUGGCGACCCGAGGGAGGAAGAUGAAGACUCUAGUCAUGGCUCCGUCCUCCGCACUCCACCGCUCCAUUACUGCUACCUUUGCUCGCUCCAUUAAUGGCCUCAACAAUUACAACACCACCAUAACACAAAAAACCACUCUCUCUCCUCAAUUUCGCCAAUCCAAUAAACCGCUCUCUCUCACUCCUCCCUCUCUCCUCCUCGCUAUGGCCUCUUCUUCUUCCACUCAGUCCCCUCCUCAGAACGCAUCAGGUGCUGACGUUACUGCUGGUGAUUUGAAUGUAUUUCAACUCAUUCAAUCUCAUCAGGAAAAGGCUGCUAGGCUUCCUCCUGUUGAAGAAGUUCGAACCGUUCUCGAUCACAGCUUGCGCGGCAUGCUUUCUACUUUCUCUCAGAAGCAUGAGGGUUAUCCAUCUGGUUCAAUGGUUGACUUUGCUUGUGAUGCAUAUGGAUCUCCAAUAUUAGCAGUCAGCAGCUUAGCAGUUCAUACCAAGGACCUCUUAGCCAAUUCGAAAUGCUCAUUGCUUGUAGCAAAAGAUCCCGAGGAUAGGACUGAUUUAAUUAUAACCCUGCAUGGUGAUGCUAUUUCUGUUUCUGAAACAGAGAGAGAAGCUAUUCGUACUGCAUACUUGGCAAGGCAUCCCAAUGCAUUAUGGGUUGAUUUCGGAGACUUUCAAUUUCUGCGUAUUGAACCCAAAGUUGUACGAUAUGUGUCUGGGGUUGCUACAGCUUCAUUGGGUUCAGGAGAGUUCAGCAAAGAGGAAUAUAGAGCUGCAAAAGUUGAUCCUAUAUAUCAGUUUUCUAAGCCUAUAGCGUCCCACAUGAAUAAAGAUCACGCAGAGGAUACAAAAGCUAUUGUGCAACACUCAACGUCAAUUCCGGUGGACUUUGCUCAACUGCUGGAUGUGGAUAGUCUUGGUUUCUAUGUUAAGGCUGGCUGUCAAGGGGAUACUUUCAAGCUACGAGUUCCCUUCCCUAGACGUGCGGCAGACAGAAAAGAUGUGAAGACUCUCAUAGUUGAAAUGCUUCAAGCUGCAAAAGCUUAGAUUAUUUGUCUGCUUCUAUUGAAGAAUGAAGAGGAACCAUGGAAGCAUAAAAAAAAAAAUCACAUUUUCUCUCUUUUACUCGACAAGUACAAUCAUACGGAAACAACAUAUUAACAGGAUGAACCUACUUAAACUGUCGGCAUGUGGGAUGGAGAUUUGGCAUGUAACUGUAUAUCUUUGUGGAUCUUCCUUUGUGCAGUAUUAAAACAAGUUCUUGAUGUAAAAAUGGUGUAUUACCGAUUUUGGUGUUUGGGAAAGAUGAAAAGUCUGUAAUGCUUAUAUUGAAUCCAAAGAGUCUUACCCAAAAUUUACUUAAUUUGAGCUGUUUUUUUUAUUUUCCAA